UUUCCCCUCCCCUCCCUGCCUAUAGGGCCAGCAGCGGCAGCCCCUGCCUUUAAAGAGCACAGGAACCCCUCCAGUUCAAAUCCUUUGAGGCUUAAGAGAAGAGGGAGAAACACCAAGCCACACCGUUACCCUUCACAUAGGAAGAUGCCAAACUGGGGAGGUGGGGCCAAAUGCGGUGCCUGCGAAAAGACAGUGUACCACGCUGAGGAAAUCCAGUGCAAUGGAAGGAGUUUCCACAAGACCUGCUUCCUCUGCAUGGCUUGCAGGAAGGCUCUGGACAGCACCACAGUGGCAGCUCAUGAAUCUGAAAUCUACUGUAAGACUUGCUACGGGAGGAAAUACGGCCCCAAAGGUGUUGGAUUUGGACAAGGGGCUGGAUGUCUCAGCACUGACACUGGGGACCAUCUGGGCCUGAACCUGCAACAGGGAUCACCAAAGCCUGCUCGCCCUUCUACACCAACUAACCCUUCCAAGUUUGCCAAGAAGGUGGUUGAUGUGGAUAAAUGUCCCCGCUGUGGCAAAUCAGUGUACGCUGCAGAGAAGAUAAUGGGAGGAGGAAAACCUUGGCACAAAACAUGCUUCCGCUGUGCUAUCUGUGGAAAGAGUUUGGAAUCUACAAACGUUACAGACAAAGAUGGAGAGCUCUACUGUAAAGUUUGCUACGCAAAGAACUUUGGCCCCAAAGGAAUUGGUUUUGGUGGCCUCACUCAAGUGGAAAAGAAAGAAUGCGAGUGAAAAGAAGCGGAUGCAACAGAGUCAAUCUGCUGCUGAUGUCAGCAGAUAAUAGUUGUCAAGUAAAACAAAAGCCAUCACCUACAGCUUGUAACAUAGGGCGUUCGUGAGAUACUUUCCAUCUUGCAGGACAACUCUUAGAACAGCUUAAAAAAGGUACAGUGAUCAAGUCAGGUUCUUAUACUAGUAUUUACCACAGUUCAGACUUUAAAGAGUCUGUCCCAUUCGGACAGAGAUACCCUAUGAAUCACAAGGGUCAGAGUCUUUUGAUCUAGGCCAGUUUCCUCAUAGUGUUUUGAAGACUUCAACAUUAUUUCUAAGGCAGAGUAGAUAUUAUUCACUUUGACACAGUUUAGAAGUAUUUGAAAUUCCCUCUCUAAAAGGGAGAUCCUUCUGAAGAUAAAGCAAGUCUUCUUAGAAUAUAGAGUUUAAGUUUUGUUAUUGUACAUUUUCAAGCUACAAUAAAGUGCUCCUAUUGCUUCACA